UCAACUGAUUAAAAUGAAGUCAAUCCUGGCUGUACUGAAUUGCAUCUUCAUCAUGAUUUCAUAUGCUGAGUGUCAGACUCCGGUUCUAUCACCCUCUACUCUUUCAGUUCCUACUAAACAAAAAGCAACAUUUAUUUGUAAUGUUGGGGUAAAAAAUGCUCAUCUUACAUGUUUGCUGAGGCAGAUUCCCGGAGAAGCUCCAAAACUCAUUGUAUGUGACCAUUCUUCAUACACAGCUCCACAGUUUGGACCUGGAAUGUCGUCUGCACAUUAUGAUUUUUCAAAGAACAGUGCUUGGACUGAGUAUACCCUGUCUAUAAAAAAUGUGGAUAUUGGAGACACAGCUCUUUAUCAUUGUGUCAAGUAUUAUGAUGGUCCUGGAUACCACUUUAUCUUCGUUGGGUUUUUACCACAUGUGCUUUACAUACCUAAACUAAUUAAAAUGUUGAUCCUUGCUGUACUGAAUUGCAUCUUAAUUUCAUAUGCUGAGUGUCAGACUCCAGGUCUAUCACCCUCUACUCUUUCAGUUCCUACUACUCAAAAAGCAACAUUAAUUUGCAAUGUUGGAGUAAAAGAUCUGCACCCUACAUGUUUGCUGAGGCAGAUUCCCGGAGAAGCUCCAAAGCUCAUUGUAUGUGACCGUUCUUCGUUCACAUCUCCACAGUUUGGACCUGGAAUGUCAUCCACACAUUAUGAUUUUUCAAAGAACAGUGCUUGGACUGAGUAUACAUUGUCUAUAAAAAAUGUGGAUAUUGGAGACACAGCUCUUUAUCAUUGUGUCAAGUAUUAUGAUGGCCCUGGAUACCACUGUAAUAAAUAG